AGAUGCCGCUGUAAAGUUAGUCAACAGUCACAAAGUUACUCUGCCCUCUAGGACCGCAGCCAACGAGUACAGCUCCACUUCAGCACCAAUUUAGCAAACGGGAAAUACUCAACCGGUGCUGAAGAUUUUGGAUAAUUGCCGGAUAAUUGUCAGUGAUUGAGGUUUUGUCUACUUCUCCAAGGGGAGUUGUGUUGAUGUGUGACACUCCUGGGUUUGACAUCGGGGGCAGUAUAGGACAGAAGAGCUACUGCAGAGCCACCAGCAUCGUGUCUGCUGUGCUCAGGACCAGAGCUCACACAAGGCUGCCCACUGUGGUCUGCCCAGCCUGCCCAGAGCCCUAGACACAGACGCCCAGAGACCCGUCCCAGAGACCGGAGAUGACUGCUGCCAUGCCCUGCUGGCUCUCUGCCCUCACCCUCACCCUAAACCUCCUGGUCCUCUCUGCCAGGGAAGGAGCUGCCCUCUUCCUGCCCGACUCCAAUGAGCUGCGGCAACUACUGAGCCGGUACCAGGAUGACCAGAACAGCACCGAUAACACAGCAGGUAGUAGGACCCGACGGGCCAUCCAGUGGACAGACCGCGGGGAGAUUCUACAACUGCACAACAAACUGAGAGGACAAGUCUACCCCACCGCAUCCAACAUGGAGUACAUGGUCUGGGAUGAUGAGCUGGAGAGGUCAGCCACUCACUGGGCAGAGGCAUGCCAGUGGGAACAUGGACCUAAUGACCUGCUCAUGUCCAUCGGUCAGAACCUCGCAGUUCACUGGGGCAGAUACCGCUCCCCGGCCUACCACGUCCAGGCCUGGUAUGAUGAGGUGAAGGACUACACCUACCCCUACCAACAUGAGUGCAAUCCCUGGUGUCCCGACCGCUGCUCAGGGCCCAUGUGCACCCACUACACCCAGCUGGUCUGGGCCACCACUAGUCGUGUGGGGUGUGCAGUGCAUGUGUGUCCCAGGAUGAACGUUUGGGGGGAGAUCUGGGAGAACGCUGUUUACCUCGUCUGUAACUACUCCCCCAAGGGAAACUGGAUCGGAGAGGCCCCUUACCAACAUGGCCGCCCAUGCUCCCAGUGCCCUCCUAGCUACGGAGGAAGUUGCAGGGACAACCUCUGCUUCAAGGGAGACUCUCAGCGUUCUGAGACUGAGGAUAUGAACGAGGUGGAGAAAGCUCAGAUUCCCAUGUCACCCCGCACCACUGCCAAGCCUGUCCCCAGACCCAGACCCAAGCCUGCUGCUCCCAAGAAGCCCUCCACUCCCAAGGCUCCCACCAGCACUUUCCUGGCCCAAAACAUCAAGUGUGAGACCAAAAUGCGUGACAAGUGCAAGGGAGCAACCUGCAACAGAUUCAACUGCCCUGCUAACUGCCAGAACAAGAAAGGGAAAGUGUGGGGGACGCUCUUCUAUGAUGUGCAAUCAAGUAUCUGUCGUGCUGCUAUGCAUUAUGGCAUCAUCAAUAACAAUGGUGGUCUGGUGGACACUACGAGGAAAGACAAGUUGCCAUUCUUCGUCAAGGCAACAAAGAACGGCAUUGAGUCAUUCAGUAAAUACAAAGCCGGCAAUGCAUUUGUGGUGUCCAAAGUGGAAAGACAAUCAGUGGACUGCUAUGCAACAGUGGCGGAGAUCUGCCCCUUCAAGAAGCCCUACUCCAACUGCCCGAGAGUAUUCUGUCCUGCCAACUGCAAGAACGAGCCAUCCUACUGGGCUCCGGUGGUUGGGAACAGCUUCUACACAGAUCGCUCCAGUAUCUGCCGGGCAGCCAUCCAUGCCGGGGUGACACAAGCCGGCGGGGGCUACGUGGACGUCCUGGCCCUGGAUAAGAAGAAGAGUUAUGUUGGUGUCCUGAAGAACGGCAUCCAGUCAGAGAGUAAGAGCAAUCCAGAGGGUGGCUCGUUCCGUGUUUUUGCUGUGAGGGAGUGAGUCUCCUCCAUCUCAGGGCCUCCCACUCAUUGGUUCAGGGACUAACAGGGUCCCCAAUCUGCUCUUACUGCAAUAUGGGGGCAGGAAGUGCCCAUAGGUUCGAUGCCAUGGCAACUCCUCCCAUCUGUCUCUGUCCCCCACUCUGGGAGGAAGCAGAACUUCCCAUUGGACCAACCAAGACUUCUCCCUCUUAGCUAAUAAACAGUAUCUGACUGCUCAAAGUCGGUGGCUAACAUCACAAACAACCCUUCUGCCUUCUCCUACCUUUCUCACCUUUAAACUCCAGAUUAUUUUUAUAAGAUACACAAGCGUUAAAUGCAAAAAUGAUGUGUAACAUCAAAGACCAAUAGAACAGCUGGUGCUGGAUCUCGGCGUCUUGACAUGUAGUUAGGUUUCAAAUCCAAUAUGUCAUAUUUGUUUAUAUUUUAUGUUCUUAAUACAAAAGUGAAUCAUUGGUCUCCAUACACAGGAAUGUAUAUUGAUCACUGUAUUUAAUCAUUCUGUACAGAUUUCAUUAAUUCAUUUUUUUCUUCUUAAAUGGCUGUAUAUUAACAGUUGUAUAUGUGUUCAUAGUGUAUUUUGUAGCUUGUCUCUGCUUUCCUAACACAUUAAUGCUUUCAUCGUUGUCUUUACCUUUGGCGGAAAGGCCAUGGUGCUUGAGUUAGGAGAGGAUCUGUGUUUGGCAUGCUGGACGAGCUCACAGUGGACAGACAGGCAGACAGAGACAGACAGACUUAGGGGUUGCGUAGGAAGGGAAGGGGAAUGAGGAGGAGGGGAAGGCAUACCUCCAAGGAAAAUAAACCUUUCCUGAAGACAGCUUGUACUUGUUCCAGUGUCAAUAAUGUUCAGACGAUCUGGUAAAGGUACAAAAACAUUGUAGCAAUAUUCUGUCCACUGUGAGCUCAGGAAGGCAAUGGGAGCUUGUGUGGGCAGGGCUUUCAAAAUGGUGGCAUAUCUGGCUUCAUCUGAGGACAUUCACAGAUGAACGAUGUUCUUGUUUGAAAAAAGUAUUCUGUAUUUACAAUAGCUCACUGCUUUCUUCCCCCCCUUUCCUCUCUUGAUGCCAUGUGUUUUGAUUGAAUAAUAUAAAUACUGUACAAUAGGUUGAAUUUGUCCCCACUUAAGACAGUUGAAUGUCGUAGGUUUUGUAGAAAGAGGGUCUUAUACAGUCCAGUGUAAGAAAGGUGUGCCAAGUGUUCCUAUCAGCAGGCUUAGCUUCAGUUAGGAUUCAUGACUAGGUAAUGAUUUGUAAAAUACACAGAGGAUGCAGAACAUGGAUCUGUUUAAACCACUCAUACCCAGGAAUGUAAUAAAUAGUUACUUAUCCAGAAGGAAGGCAGAGGCAGAGGCAGAGGCAGAGGCAGAGGCAGAGGCAGAGGCAGAGGCAGAGGCAGAGGCAGAGGCAGAGGCAGGCAGAGGCAGAGGCAGAGGCAGAGGCAGAGGCAGAGGCAGAGGCAGAGGCAGAGGCAGGCUUCAAUUGGGGAAUAUCCUCUUAAAUGCUGAGACUUUGUCGUGAGAGCAGAGUAAAUCUAUGUAAAUUGAUGCUGGAGGUUUUGGGUCUCCUAAAGAAUGACAUUAGGUAUCCUCUAUCUAUCCCUAGGCUAGACUGGACAACAGUGCAGCCAUUCUCUCUUUGUUUUAGUUUUCAUCUUUCUACUUUUCUUUUAGGCUACCUCAGUCUUGUCGCUGCGCUAGGUUUGUAGUACAUUGGGAAAUCUUAAGGGAAAUGUUAAUGGUUUGUACAGCUUUGGAAAUGGAGUGUAAAUACUUUUAUUUGUCUUUUCUCAACUGUUCUCUAUGCUGUAAAUGUAUCUUUCUAAAUAUAUGUGAUGUGUUAUUUUGUUUGUUUGUCUAGUUUGUAUGGUGUUUAUAGGCAUUGGAUGGGUUUUGUAUUUUUUUGGCACAAUUUUGAAAAUAAUUAAAGUUUGAAAUAUUUAGAAUAUAA